AUGGCUUCGGAAUUCAUGGGCGGAAAGAAUGAAACGUUGGCGCCAAAACGUCGUUUGGGUAGCGUCGCAAGUAACGAGCGCGAGGGUGCGACAAUCGCUCCUGGUACGUACCGAGAGCGUAUCGGAGAUGGCGCUGCAGAAAGCGCCGAAGCCGGAGUGCGCGGGCAGAGUCGGCGGGCCGCCGCUCGCGCGGUCCAUCGCGGUUUGCCGCACCCGGCGUUUCACGGCGGUCGGCGGGAUACUGCGCCCUCGCGUUACAUAAACCUCGCCCGCUACUCGCUUCCCACCUGUCUGUUGUCGCUGCGUUCUGGCGUCACAUGCAACCCACGAGUACAAGUCCCACAACAAUAA